AACGUGCUGUAUGUCUCCGUUUUUGUUUAAUAUUAAAUUGUGUUUAAAGUGUUAACAGUGUUUAAGUAUGGUGUAUAGUGGAUAUAUUCCACAGAACUUGUAAAGUACGAAUGGAGACAAUGGGUAAUCACAGGAUUUGGCUGCUGUGCAUUUGUCUGAGCAUCUGUUGGCAAAACGGCGGCGCCAACAAAUCUGCACAGCGCGCCGAAAUUGCAAAAUUGCGAACCGAGCUGAGCGCCGCUCUAGAGGAAGAGCAGCCUGACCUGCAUGGCGUCAUUGUUCAGCCCACAUGGACAAAUACUGGAUCCAAAACGGCAGCGGUAGUCGACAGCAAAGUGGUCGUGGACAAGACAUCACUUAGCGAGACAUCUGCAUUGCGUAGCGAAAUAAAUAGCGCAGUGGCCUCCAAUUCAUAUGCUCGUGCCGAUCCUGGAAAUGCGGCGGAGGUCCGUGCGCUGGAGGCAGCGCUGUCGGGCAAGGGCAGCACACAGCAAGUGCCUAACUUAGGAAAGGCACACGACAAAAUGGAGCUAUUAGGUGGGAGCCAGCAAACAGACGAAAGAACAUCAACAAAUCAGCCCAAUGUGGUUGACUCUAAUGCCGCCGAAAUCAUUGGUGGGGAAGCGGAAAUCGAUUUGGCACAAUUGCAGCGCUUAGAGCUGUCUAAGCGGCGCACACGUGAAAUGCUUGUCUUGAAACGGAUUGUCGAGGAUUUCUCGUUCACGCUGGGUGCAGAUGUGGAACAGUGGGCGCAUGUGCAGCACAAUGGCAGCGGGUACUUUGUGGGUCGACGCCGGCAGGAUUUGGUCUUGCUCAGCAGCACCAAUAGCAGUGGGUACCAGCAGCUUCAGACACUGCCGUUGUCGGGGCCCGUGACCGCAAUGAUGACCUUUGAGCGCUGGGAUUCGAAAGCUCACCUGCAGGAGGGCGUAAUUCUGAUGGCCUUGGAGAGGCAGCUCUUUUGGUAUCGGUAUGAUGCAGUCACUGGCUAUUCGCUGCACUGGACCUGGCAGCUGGGGACUAACGUCACAAGCCUUGUGGCUUUUAUGGUGGAGAAUCGAGAGUAUCUGGCCUUAACUAAUAAUCAGAGCAUCAGCAUCUAUGGCUAUGACUUGGCCGCCGGCGAGUUCUGGAUAGAGCAGAGAUUGCAGCUUGGAGGCACUUGCACAGCGCUUGCUGUGCUUGACACGGGUCGGGACCUGUUGCUGGCGGUGGGGCGAGAGAACAAGACGUUGAUAUAUGCUUACAAUUCGCGUGUGUUCAGCAGCGAUGCAGGACUACGUUUCCGUCUGCGUCACAGCCUAGAGAGCCCCCAAAUUGGACACAUUGCUGCCUUCCAAAUGGGCGGUCGCAGCUAUCUAGCAUUGGGCGGACAACGACCGCAAAUAAUGCUUUAUUCGCAGGGCCAGCUUCACCCGCGCACCAUUCUCGGCCAGAAUUUCGGGGUUGUAGAGUUGUUUUUGCCAGUGCCUGUGCGCACAUAUCGAGAUGAUCUACUGCUCCUGGUGCAGCAUCGGGUCCAAUUUGAUACCCACCAUCUGGUUGUGCUGGAGACACUGGUGUGGAAUGGUGAUACCUUUGAGGCGAGUGUGCCAGCGCCUUGUGAGCUGGGCAGCCAAGUGGUGCACAUUGGCGUCGGUUGCAUGCUGGACAUACAACGGGAUGCUGGUCUGAAAGGGGCUGCCCUUCUCCGUCAGGGCGAUAUACCCCUUCUGCUGGUGCCGCGUCAUGAUGCGGAGUCGGGCCUGUUUCGUUUGUACACCGAGCUUUUGCCUCGCAACUCAGAACUGCAUGAUUUACAGGAAAUCUAUGAAUUCAUGCGUCAUUGGGUGAGCGAGCAGGAUGAGUUGGUUUUGGCCGCCCAGCAGUUAUUGGAGGCGUCCCAGCCACAAAAACACCUGAACUUUGACGAGGUGAACACGCCACUUCUGAUUGUUGUGGGCGCCGAAGUGCAGGCGCUGCACAUUAAUGAUGUACCCUGGACAGAGGCGGAUGUACGAAUGAAUGUGCAUUGGCUGCUGCAGCAACUGCGUCUACUCGAUCACGACCUUUUGGGGGAGGGCGCAACAGAACCAGAAUCUCGCUCUGGAUAUCGUUUCAAACGCCAACCUCAACUCUUUCCCUUUAACUAUGAAAGUCUGGAAUUUGACUUUGUUGAAGCUCAGGAGCUGCACGUGGAACAGUUCAAUAAUGAACUUUUUUAUGUACAGGAUUCCUCGCUCCAAUUUGAGGGCACCCUCAACGUCCAGCAGCUGGAAGUCUUGGAACCAAAGGAUGACAUAAUACCACGUACUGUAGAUGAAACAAAUACUACCACAACUCUCAAUUCUACGAUGGAACAUCUACAAAUAAAUGGUGACAUCAUCUGUGAAUACAUCAAUGAUAUACCUUGGUCAGAGUUCGUCAAACAGCUCGUGUGGCGUAACAAGGCACUAGAGCUUCCUCAACUGAAUGUGCAUGGCGCAGUUGUAUUCGAGCAAUCCUUGGAGGUAAGCACGCUCAAUAAACUGAGCUUUCCGGGUGAUUAUCUCUGGUCCAAUGCGAACAUCACUUCGAUUGUGGCGGCACCCAAGACAUUCACUCAGACACUAUCUGUUAAUGCUGUGGACACUGAUGGUUUAAUUAACGGCGUAAAUCCACUCGAUGCCAUCACCUUGAGGGAUGCGCAAGACUGGCCGGGCGUAGUCACAUUCACACAGCUGGAAGUGUCUAGGGAGCUCGAUCUUCAUGGCAGUGCACAGGGACGUCAAAUCGAACAGGCGCCAACGAAUCCCACACUGGCCGAGACGCAUCUCAUCCAAGCGGCCUGCCACUUUUCACAACUCGUUGUCAAUGGAAACCUCAUAUUGCAGGGUAGAUUCGACAACGAUAGCUUCGACUCCCUAAUUGGCGACAUUGCCCAACGGCCAAGGGAUCCAGCAGCGGAAUUAGUCAUACCUUCAGUCAAACGGUUCUCGCAACUGGUGUUGCCAGUGGAUACACAUGUCCAGGAUGGCGCUAUCAGUUGCAUACCAAUUGAACAAUUUGUGACCAAACACACGCCACAGACCCUGCACAAUCUAACGCAUCUGGCGGGCUACAUUUAUUUCCAUAGUCUGAAGCUAAGUGGAUUCUAUGAUGGUGUCGAUCUGGGCCAGCUAUUACAACAGGCUUUACGUAUUGAUGAACCACAGGAUGCGCCCGACACACAAUUACAUUUCGUGAAUGGUGGAGAACUGUGGUUGGCACCACCAGUCGAUGUCAAACUUCGAGUGACGCAUACCCUCAACGACGUACCUCUGGCGACGGGCUAUCAAAUGUUGCAUGAGACCAUCUACAUGGAGGAGGCGCAGUUUGAAAAUCUCUCGACUGAUGUCUUAGAUGUGGCCGGCGGAGUGCAGGGAAAGGGUAUGCUCAAUGGUCGCAAUAUUAGCGACCACACACACGAUACCAAUAGUAACUGGACAGGCAAUCUUCAUGUGCAAGAUCUCAUCCUGCCGCAGGGUGUGCGAGCCGAGAAACUACACGGCAUUAACUCCACUCGCCUGCUCGGCUUGCUACAGCAGCUGGACGAGCUUCCGCUGCUCAUACUCUCCGGUCAGUUGCAGGUAGAUCGUAUUAUCGUCAGUGGUGAUGUGCAGGUGAGCGGUGCACUCAAUGGCCAGAAUUUUGAGCAGCUACUGGGUGAUGUGGUUUGGCUGAAUCGGCCCAACGAUUUGCGUACGCGCUGGACGUUUGGGCAGCCUCCAAUCUUUGCUAAAAAUUUGCAAGUGCUUGGUACCUUCAAUGAACGGCUUUUUCCCGAGCUAGUGGCGGAUAUUGUAUUUCGUUCAAAUGACUCCAUCGUUAUUGAGGGCACAAAGAGCUUUGUGCAACCACUCCGCGUUCUCGAUCAGCUUCAACUGGAGGCUCUUAAUGGCGUACCUUGUAAAUAUUUAGCAAAUAAAGUGCAGCCCAUAGAGUUUUCCGGUACGUUGCGCAUUCCUGGCCGCCUCUAUGUCGGACAACUUGAGGUGGAAGGCACUCUUAAUGGCUAUGAUGUGAACAAACUGGAGAAACUGCUGCGCUGGGAUCCCCAUAUGAAGGCCUAUGUACACCGCGGCGUUGUCCGCAUAGCCCCACAGCAUUCCCUAAACGACAUCACAGUAUAUGGUCAUUGGGGGCAUCGCAAUGAUGCCCCACUGAUGCAGUUCUUCGAGGAGCUGUUGUACAAAAACCAGCCUGUAUUGCUUCUGGAGGGGGAAAAGAACUUUACGGGGCGUGUGAGCAUAAGAGGGGGCGCUCAAAUUGGUGAGCUCAAUGGCUUAAAACUGGACGAUCUGCUGCAUCAGCUGAUAUUCAUAAAUGAGGGUGCUUACGAAGGACGGAUGAUAACUGUGCAUACUCCAGUCUACUUUAAGGCGCCCGUGGUGAUGGAAGAACUGCUCAUCAAGGAUCGCUUGGUGUUGGGACAAUCCCUGCUGAAUGGCUGCAAUAUGAGUGACUGGCUGCGUGACACAUUGCGCGUAGAUCGUGACUGGCAAACGGAACAACCACUUUUAUUUGCACCCGGAUCGUUGGAUAACAAUGCGUUGAACGUGCGUCGUGUAAACGGCUUGGAUCUGGCUUGUGUUGUCACACUGCACACGGAACAGAAACUCAAUGUGCCGCUGCUUCUCCUGGAGGAACUGUAUGUGGAUGGCCACAUAAACGUACGGGGACUGGUUAACGAGUUGAACUUGUCCGAGGAAUAUGCCAAUACAUUGAUGAAAAAUCCAACUCAUGCUCAAACAGUGAGUACGCCACUGCUCAUGCAGUCGCUUCACGUGACUGGUGCUCUGCACGUGCCCGUGCCUGUCAAUGGGGAUCCCAAUCUCAAUUUGAGCGAUGUGGCCAGUUUGUCGGAGCCAAAGCUGCGAUUGCGAACGCCGCUCUACUUUGCCAGAAUCCAUACUCCCCAUCUGCAAACUUCUCAUCACAUUUCGGGUAUCGAUUUCAAACACUGGCACCAAAACAGCCUAUGGGCUCGUGGGCGACCCAUGCAGUACAUUACCGGUAACUGGAGCGUGGGGGAACUGCUAGUGCGUCAGCCACCAGCAGUGCCGUCGGGUCAGAUUCCUGAACAUAGUCUCUAUCGAAGACGCACGGCCAUGGAUGAGUUUCAGGCAUUGUGCGAGCGCUUUAAGAACAUUUUCCAGUGGCUACGUUUCCCCUACCAUGUGCAACGAUUGGAACGACGCUUUGUACUGUCACUGAAACCGGAACAGAAGGACAUAAGACGCAUCUUUGAAAUGAAAGCGCCCGUAAAGGAGGGCUCAAGCUAUUUGCUCAUCAAUGAACGGGGCUGCUGGACGCGGGUCUAUCGUUGGAAUGGCACACUUUAUAUUCCAGCCGGUAGUUUUGAAAGUGGGCCGGUAGACGAUGUAUAUGCGCUCGAGGUGGAGAAUAAUGCGAGCUCCACAAACGGGCAGUGGCACUUUAUGACCAGCUUUGAGUUCGAUGGAGACGAGACACAGCAAUUACUUAACUGCAGCUCCCCAACCAACCUAAACUCCUGGCGCACAACCGCUGAAAGCGUAGAGUUAAUGAAUCUGCCAGCAAGUCUGCUCAAAAAUCUACAACAACAGCGGCAGGCCCAACAACGUCUAAUGCCCGUCAGCUAUCCGCGAGCCUUAAAGUAUUUGAGCCGACCGAACACGGACUCUGUGUUGCGGCCACAUUUACAGGCUCCGUCAGCACUAAGCUAUGAGGAUUAUCACUCAUUGCUCAGCCACCUGCUGGAGGAUCUCAGCUUUCGACUGCACACUGAAGUGAACAUCACCCAGCUAAGCAUACCCGAGAGUGAUCUCUUCGAUGAGCAUCUGGUAGAAGAUUUCCUUGCAGUGAUGCAGUCGCUGCAGACGCAGCAGCUCUACGAUCCCAAAAGUUUUCUAUCGGUCGCCCCGGAGACACUGCAGCUGCCCGACAAUCCAGCACGUGUUCUUGCCGCACGCAGCGUACAGCUUAUAUGGCCAGUAAUUGUCGAGUUGGAGGCACUGCACGGCAAACUGCCGACCAAUGCCACGCAUGCGCAUGACUUGUGCGUGCAGCUGAAACGCAGCCUCGGACUCAGUGUUCGCGAUGUGCUGCUUAUUGCCAACAGAAAGAAAGGGGACACCAAGCCAGUGUCAGAGGAUUACACGCCACAGCUGCAUGCCGUAAUAGCUCGUCUACGGCAACUUCAGCAGCAUCUACAGCAACUGAUGCAGCCGGAAAAGGAAGAGCAGGAGGAGGGGGAGGAAAUGAUGGCAGCUGCAAGCAAUCAGGACGAGACUAUGUCCGUGAUGAUUACAGCAGCUCCCUUACAAACGAUCCGUCUCGUUGUGGGGGAUGCCAGGCGACCACGGCUACUAUAUGCACGCCUCACAAUUGCCACAAAACCACCGGUGGUACCAUCUACUGCACCACCGGCGCACAUACAACUGCACUACGCCAAUGGAACCCUGUUCCAGUCUUUGGCCGCAGCCCAUACAGCCCGUCAACUGACAGCCCUACGGGUGCGCGAUCAAACGCUCCUGGCCUUUGCCGAGAACUGCUGCCGUGUCCGGGUCUUCAUUUACCGCGGUGUCCAGGGCUUUGUAUCCUUUGCUGACUUUACUGUCGAACAGCCGAUUGUGGAGCUGCUGACCAUGCGGCUACCUCUAAGGAGACCCCCGGGCGCGAUGUAUGCGCUGGCCGUGGCACAUCCCCGCCAAAUCGUAUUCUACGAAUUGGUAAUUAUGGGCCUCCUCGAGCCCUGGAUGCAAUGCACAUAGCCGUAGCGUUUUGUUUUUACUGUUAAUCUUUUUGUUAUUUUCUUGUUAUGUAUCUACACAUUGUUAAGUUUAAUUUCUUAAUUAUAGUAUAGUAUGAUUUACUACCGUCUAUUCCUUCAAAAA